UUCCUUCUCCAUCUUUCUCUACUACUAGCUUUUCUGCUGCACCCGUUAUCCAACAUUCACGAUCGUGGGCAUAUUUUCGAGGGCAUCAUUACUCUGUACUUGAGGUCUAUCGAGGGCUCUGUGGGUCUGUUGCUACUGAGGGUAUCCAGAAAACUCAUCGCAGGUUCUUGCUUGUCUUAUCCUGCCGACGAGUUCUGUUCCAGGUCCGUCUGUGGUGUUGCGCUUCCAGCAGAAAUUCGCGUUUCUGCCAGUCCUUUGCGAAAGCAAGUGACUACGUGAGGUCGAGGGCUUUUAAUUCCACACUGUGGAUUGAGGGUUUUGCCGCACCAGCUGAAAAUUUCGUUCAGUGCUUCUAGUGGGAGAGGAAAAUAUCAACUCGAGGGUUGCAAGUUCGUAUCAUCCCCUUUAUGGUCUCCUUCACAUCAAACUAACCAUGCCGCUCUUUCAGUUCGUGUUCAAUAUGUCCAAAGUCAAGUCCAAGUCCGUCCCUACCGCCAGCUCUAAGCCCGAUGUCCUGUCGAAGGUCAAGGGCGCCGCUGUGGCGAAGCCUUCGCAAAGUGUGAAGGCCAAGAGCAAAGUGAUCGCGAAAGAGGUCGCUGCAAAAGGGCAGAAGAAAGACAAGAAGAACAAAAAGGUCCCUGUCAAGGAGCCGACUCCCGAACCAGAGUCGAGCUCUGAGGUCGAGAGCGAGGACUCGGCCAGCUCCGAGGAGGAAUCUGAGAGUGAAGAUGAGGUCAAGACAAACGGUGCCAACGGAGUGAAGAUUCAUGAGGAAGAUGAUUCUAAGGAAGAUUCUAGCGAUGAAUCCGACUCUGAGGCGUCGUCGUCUGGGGCCGAAGCUCCUAAAGCGAACGGUUCUGUUGCUAAAGCAGAGGCCGACACCGACGCUUCCGAAAGCGAGGAGGAAGAUGAUGAGGAUAGCAGCGAAGAGGAAUCUGACGAAGAGGAGAAGCCUGCCGUUAAGGGUGCUAAGAAGGCCAGCGUCGCUGUAGAGGAAGAGGACGAGUCUGAGGAGAGCUCAGACGAGUCGGACAGUGAUGAAGAGACUGCUGCACCCAAGACGACAAAGAAGGCCAAGGCAAAUGGUGUCAAACCUAGCGCUGCUACUGAGAGCAGCGAUGAAGACGCCGAGGACUCGGACGAAAGCAGCGAGGAAGAUCAGAGCAGCGAUGAAUCUGACGAGUCCGAGGGAAGUGACGAAGAAGAAGAGGCUGCUAAACCUACCAAACGAAAGGCCGAAGAUGUCGAGGCGCCCGCCGCAAAGAAGACAAGGGUUGAGGAGGACGGUUCGAGAGGCUCCAUCCUCUUCGUCGGCAACCUCUCCUGGAAUGUUGAUGAGGAAUGGUUGAAGUCGGAGUUCGAAGAAUUUGGCGAGCUUGGUGGUGUUCGUCUGAUCACUCAACGUGAGGAUGGCAGAUCCAAAGGCUAUGGGUACGUGGAAUUUGUCAAUGCGUCCGAUGCGGCCAAGGCCCACGCAGCGAAGCAAGGCUACGAACUUGACGGCCGUGUCAUGAACGUCGAUUUCGCCAACAAGAAGCCCGAUGCCGGUGAAAAACAGGAGAAACGACGCCAGUCUUACGGCGACCAGCUGAGCGAGCCUUCCGAUACAUUGUUCCUGGGCAAUCUGUCUUUCGAGAUCACCGAGGAUGAUGUCUACAACAUCUUUGCGCCCUACGGAUCACCCACUGGUGUCCGUAUCCCCACCGAUAAAGACACUGGCAACGUCAAAGGGUAUGGAUACGUCACCUUUGCGACAUUGGAGGAGGCCAAGAGUGCGCUCGAGGGCGCGCAAGGUUCCUACGUCAAGAACCGCCCCAUGCGCGUGGACUACGCCCAACCUCGCCAACAGAACGGUGAUGCACCAGCUCGUGGUGGCGGGUUUGGUGGAUUCGGUGGUCGCGGCGGCCGUGGAGGACCCCGUGGAGGCCGUGGAGGCGGCAGAGACUUUGGCGGACGAGGAGGACGAGGAGGCCGUGGUGGUCCUCGUGGAGGCGCUCGCGGUGGACGAGGCGGCACUACCAAUCGCGGCGGCUUCGGUGACUUCUCUGGCAAGAAGACCACCUUCUAAGUUGAUGGCAUCCUGAGAAGUGGUGUCUCGUCAACUUGGAUCGCAUAUGGAUCUCUGUACGGCGUUGCGAGUUGGAACACCAUCGUCUGGUUGAUCCAUGGAUUGUACCUGGAGCAUUUUCCCUUGUGCGUGUGUUGUGCAUGGAAACACUACGACCGUGAGGAUGCGAAGGUAAUGGCCCUAAAAGUUCGAAUUGCUUUUCUUUGCUUGAUCUCUUUCCUGGGUCUAAUAGAGGGAAUCGUCUUUCUUGUACAAGGUUGUAAGGUUCAAUGGAAAUCUCAAGAAUGAAACACACCCGACUUUCUAUUCUGCGUUUGACUUCGUUAGCUCCACUCUAAGUACUGUAGUUCUCGUGCGGUGUUCGUGGGCAUACAACUCCCCGAUGUCGGCGCGGGGAAGACACAGACACCACGAUACGGUGAUACGGCCCUUGGAAGUUGGUGAC